CACCAGCCCAAUCUUGGGUACUCUCUACUCAAGAACACCCAAACUCUGUCUGGGAUUAAUACUGCCACAAUGACGAAACGGUCCAUCCUGAUCAUCAAUCCGAACACGACAGAGUCCAUGACAACGGCCCUUGUGCCGCUCGUGAAGCAGCUACAGUUCGAAGAUACACAUUACGGAUAUUUCACAGCACCUUCAGGUCCGAAAAGUAUCAACAACGAAGAUGAUGCUGCUGAGAGUGCGAAGCAUUGCGAGCCUGCCUUGAUCCCUCUUCUCGAUCGAUACGAUUCCUUCCUUGUCGCGUGCUACUCGCAACACCCUCUGGUUCAUAUUCUUAAGAAGCACAUUGCCGCAAGUGACACAUCACAGCCUGUUACGGGCAUAUUUGAGGCCAGUGUGGGUCUAGCUCUACAGAUCAUCGCCCCUUCUGAGAAGUUUGGCAUAGUUAGUACGGGAAAGGCUUGGGAGGAUAUCUUGACGGAGGCAGUGGCCGAGUUCUUGGGCACGCAUAGCACAGACAGCAAGAGGUUCGCCGGAGUUGAGACUACGGGUCUCAAUGCAAGCGAUCUCCAUGAUGCGCCUGCAGAAGUGGUCCGGAAGCGCAUGAAGGACGCAGUCCACCGAUUGCUACAGAAAGGGUCGGUUGGAGCUAUCUGUUUAGGAUGUGCAGGCAUGGCAGGCAUGAAUGAAAUGGUAAGAGAAGCGUGUGUUGAAGCCUUGGGAGAAGUAGGUGGUCGACACAUAAGAAUUGUUGACGGUGUACAAGCUGGUGCUGCAUGGCUGGAGGGCGUGCUCCGUGCAGAGAUAUGAGGUCGGAAAUAUGAAGCAAAAUUAGAUAUGUUCAGCCGC